ACAGUGAUGAAACAGGAGGCAGGAACAGCUGAAGUUGCUAAACUGGGUGGAGAUGCAGGUCCAGCAUAAAAGUCCAGCUCGAGUGUGCAGUGAAGUGGAUGGUGCUCAGACCAGGACCAUGGAACCCAGUGUCCUGCUCCUCCUUGCUCUUCUCGUGGGCUUCUUGCUACUCCUGGUCAGGGGCCAUCCAAAGGCCCAUGGCCACCUUCCACCAGGACCCCGACCCCUGCCCCUCUUGGGAAACCUGCUACAGAUGGACAGAGGAGGCCUCCUCAACUCCUUUAUUCAGCUUAAAGAAAAAUAUGGAGAUGUGUUCACAGUGCACCUGGGACUGAGGCCUGUGGUCAUGUUAUAUGGGACAGAGGCCAUAAAGGAGGCUCUGGUGGACCAAGCUGAGGCUUUCUCUGGCCGGGGGACAGUUGCUGUACUUGAGCCAAUUGUGCAGGGAUAUGGUAUGAUCUUUUCUAAUGGGGAACGCUGGAAGACACUUCGCCGCUUCUCUCUGGCCACCAUGAAGGAUUUUGGAAUGGGCAAGCGGAGAGUGGAGGAGCGGAUUCAGGAGGAGGCCCGAUGUGUGGUGGAGGAGCUGCAGAAAUCCCAGGGAGCCCCCCUGGAUCCCACCUUCGUCUUCCAGUCCAUCACAGCUAACAUCAUCUGCUCCAUUGUCUUUGGAGAGCGCUUUGACUACAAAGAUCGCCAGUUCCUGCGCCUGUUGGAGCUGAUCUAUCAGACCGUCUCGCUCAUCAGCUCAUUCUCCAGCCAGGUGUUUGAGCUCUAUUCGGGUUUCCUGAAAUUCUUUCCUGGUACCCACCGACAAAUCUACAAAAACCUGCAGGAGAUCCUUGACUACAUUGGUCACAGUGUGAAGAAGCACCGGGAAACCUUGGACCCAAACAAUCCAAGAGACUUCAUCGAUACCUACCUUAUACGCAUGGAGAAGGAGAAGUCCAACCAACACACGGAGUUCCAUCACCAGAACCUCAUGUUCUCCGUGCUGUCUCUCUUCUUUGCUGGCACCGAGACCAGCAGCACCACGCUCCGCUUUGGCUUCCUGCUCCUGUUAAAAUACCCCCAUGUAGCAGAGAAAGUCCAAAAGGAGAUCGAUCAGGUGAUCGGCUCACACCGCCCACCAACCCUUGAUGACCGCAACAAAAUGCCUUACACUGAGGCUGUCAUUCGCGAGAUCCAGAGAUUUGCAGAUAUUGUCCCGAUUGGAGUGCCGCACAAAGUCACCAAAGACACUUUGUUCCGAGGGUACCUGCUCCCCAAGAACACUGAAGUGUACACCAUCCUGAGUGCUGCUCUCCAUGACCCACGGUACUUUGAACAACCAGAUGCCUUCAAUCCUGACCACUUCCUGGAUGCCAGUGGGGCUCUGAAGAAAAUUGAAGCUUUUAUGCCCUUCUCUACAGGAAAGCGCAUUUGUCUUGGUGAAGGAAUUGCCCGCAACGAAUUGUUCCUUUUCUUCACCACCAUCCUCCAGAACUUCUCUGUGUCCAGUCCUGUGGCUCCUAAGGACAUUGACCUCACGCCUAAGGAGAGUGGCUUGACCAAAGUGGCUCCAACAUACCAGAUCCAGUUCUUACCCCGCUGACUGGGCUGAGGUGGCCAGGUGUCCCCACUCCUGUUGAGAAUGGCCCCAUCUUUCUGCCUCUGAGAGACCUGCUGCCAAUGAGGCCGUAGGUCACUACUCACACCUUUCCACCUUACUGCAGCUUCUGUAAAGUUCCGAGGUGUGUCCUUAUGCCCUGAGAAUGGCACUGGGGAAAUCACUCAAUGUCUUUCUUGAUGUGUGAACAGAGACUUCUACAGGCCCCUUCUCAUGUUGUGUCAAUUCUCUAUUGUGCUGAGCAACCAUAGUUUCCAUGCAGAAACUUCUGGUCCUCCAUGAAACAAUCUAAUGAAUGCCAGAGGUCAUGUCAGAGGAGGAGCAGGUGGAAACUGAAGUUCAAAGUGUCAGCUCGCCAGGAGGAAAACUCUCUGAUGGGUUAAUCCUGUUUUAUGUAAGACUAUGAGAACACAGACUCUGCAAUAUCUUUUGAUUCUACUUUGUUUUUACUUGUUUAUUGCUACAAUCUUUCCCUGGUAUCUGGCUUGGUAUGAGUAGAUGUGGGGAGACCCUACUGCCUGUGACAUAGUGUGUUUCUCUCAUGAAAUCAACCUGAUCUACUGGGUAGUUUUAUCUGUGGAUUGUCAAGACGAAUAUUCCUCCCUAACUGUGCUGUCUAAUUGAUAUAAUGUUAGCUUAUACAGAAUUUUGAUAAAUAAAAAUGAACACAAGGAAAUAAUACACAGUCUGUGUCUAUGAGCUUCCCCUAAGGGGCUGCUGAAGAUCACAGCUCAAGUUAAGAAAAACAAUGAGCCAGCUGUCUCAAAUUCCUUGAAUCUUAAUGCUGAGAAAUGUGUCACAGGUUUUGGUGUGCAAAAUUAGUUGAAAUAAAGCUUCAAAAUAACUUUAGAUCGGACCAGAUGCCUUGCUAAUGGUCUUUUAAAGAUAAACUACCCCAGAAAACCAAUCUAACAUUCAGAAGACACAUAGCUGAGCUGCUGAUUCAUUUAGGCUAGAGUCAAAAAUACAAAACAGUCCAGUUAUUGCCAGCUGACAGAUGACUAACUUCUUACACCCUUUCCUGGCAUUUUAUUGCUGAUAUGAAGACUCAAGUUCGGCUGACUGUUUCUUAUGUAUAUAAGUGUUGGGUCCUGGUAUUGCACAAAUACCAGGGAGUAGAAUAUCGGACUCUAGAAAUAGAAGCAACUUUUGUUCAGUCAGGACUACAGAGAGUAAUGUGACUGUGUAGAACCCUAAGGGGAACUGCAGAUUUCUUUUUAUGAUCCAAGAUCACACACAGGGUAGGCAGUACAUUUUGAGAUUUAAAGCAUAAUGGUGUCACAGUUUCCCAUGAGUGCUGACUGAGGUGAAGCUAAGAAAUUUAUGCUUUCUCUGCAACAUUGUCUUGAGCCUGAACUUUCAGAUUUAUGACACUCCAGUCACCUUGGAGAUCCAAAGAGAAUCUGGAAUUUAUGACUUCUGAUAACAGGGUAUUAGUUUAAUAAGUUUAAAUAGUUGUGGGUUAGUUUGAAUUGCUCUUCCCCUGCCAGGGACAAAUGAAAUGUAACCCUUGGUGACUCCUGCAUUGCCUGAAAGAUUUUGUUAGGGUAUAUAAGCAGGAGAGAGAGAGAGAGAGAGAGAGAGAGAGAGAGAGAGAGAGAGAGAGAGAGAGAGAGAGAGAGAGAGAGGGAAUUAGAA